AUGUUUCUGGCUCCUCCCAGAAAGCUUAGUAAAACAUUCCAGGCCACCUCUGGGAAUCUGCUGGCUCCUCCACCCGCUGCCCUGAGCUCCAGUCAAGACUUCACAGGACCUGGAGAAAGACACUGAGCUGACACAGAAAUGAGAGGACUCGUUGUCUUGGUUACUUUGGCCUGCUUUGCCAACGGUCAGCACCAAGCACUGAUUGACUAUUUGGAGCGGAGGCUGCUUGCUAUUGAGGACCGGAUCUCUCUGUGGCACGAACAGACCACCCGUUAUGCCUCGGAGCUGCGGGAGCUGAAGCAGCAGAUGGUUUCCCAGCUGGAAAACUUGGAUAAAGAGAAAGAGGCGCUGAGAAUGAAUCUGGACGGUGUUGGCACCAGGGUGGACCGGGUGGAGCGAGAGCUGGACUACCUGGAGACGCAGAACGGGGCUCAGCCCUGUGUGGAUGUUGACGACAAGUUGAUAGAGCAGCAGGUGACUCUGGUGCAGGAGAAGCAGAAGGCCAAAUAUUUUAAACUCUCAGACUGCAGUGACAUGAUCUCCAGUAUAAAAGCCAUGAAGAUCUUAAAGCGAGUUGGAGGACCAAAGGGCAUGUGGAGUAAAGACACCAGCAGGGGCUCUGGGAAGGUCUACAUCUUUAAUGGGACGGAUGGAGACACCAUCCACGAGUUUUCCUCUGCGCAAGACUUCACCCGCUCCCUGGGCCUGUCUCUGUCCAAGAGCCUGAAGCUGCCGUCGGCCUGGAGGGGAACAGGACACGUCAUCUACAACAACCACGCCUAUUAUGUAAAUCAGGUUGACGAUGUAAUGGUGGUUAAAUAUGACCUGAAGACCAACUCUGUGAUGGACAGCGCUGUGUUUCCAGUCCAGGACCAUGUCCCUGUGUACAGCCUGACCCCUGAGACAGUGAUGGACCUGGCUGUGGAUGAGGAAGGCCUGUGGGCCAUUUACGCCACGCGGCAGAAUGAGCAGCACAUCUCUCUGGCUAAAAUGGACGCCAGCUCGCUGGACAUCGAGCAGACGUGGGACACAAACUGCCCGAGAGAGAACGCUGAGUCGGCGUUUGUCAUCUGUGGUACCCUCUAUGUGGUGUACAACACCAAGGAGGCCGGCCGCUCACGUGUGCAGUGCGUGUUUGACGUCAAUGGCAUGGUGAGCAACGAAGAGGCGCCACUGGUUUACUUUCCCAAACGCUAUGGAUCUCACUCCAGCCUGAAGUACAACCCACAGGAGCAGCUGCUGUACGCCUGGGAUGACGGCUACCAGAUCCUGUACAAGCUGGUCAUGAAAAAGAAACUAGAAAUAUGA